ACAGCUGUGAGGGUAGAUACUAGAUUCAAGUGGGCUCUGACGUCAAGGGGAGAAACCGUCGCCUGAGUGACGGGAGAACGCAACAGCGGCGUCCCCGCCCAGUCUCCUCCCUCUAACUCCUGUUCCCGCCCAGUUUGCUUUUUCUCUGCCUUUUCUCCUCCCACUCUUCUCCGUGUUCCCGCCCAGUCCCUCCUCCCCUUCACAGUGAUCCCGCCCAGUCUGCCAAUCCUUGUCCUCGCCCGCUCUUCUCCCCUUUCCCUCGUGUCUCCGCCCAGUCUCCUGCCGCGGGCGCGCUCCCUGACAGUCCGGAUUCCAGCGCUCGGAGGCGGCUACGGUAGUCGGGACUCGUAGACCAAAGUGUGAAGCGGGACGAUCACGGACAAAUAAAGAUCAGGAUUCUUAUACUAUUAGAAGACGUUGGGGAAAGGGAUAUUGUUCUCUGAUCAAGCCAACAAGAGAUGGCAUUUCUCUUUACACCUCUGGAGGAUUCACAAAAUCUCCGCAUUUUCUGGAUAUAGGAAACUUUCAAUAACUAAUUUGUUUCUCAUCUCCAAUAUGAUGAGUCUCACAGGAGAGAGAUAUCCGUGCUCUGAGUGUGACAAAAGAUUUGCAUUUAAAUCAGAGCUUCUCAUACAUCAGAGGAGUCACACAGGAGAGAAACCAUUUACAUGUUCUGAGUGUAGCAAGUGUUUUACACAUAAGCAAAGUCUUCGUAAUCAUCAGAUAAUUCACACAGGAGAAAAACCAUAUACAUGUUCUGAAUGUAGCAAAUGUUUUUCCCAUAAUUCGGGUCUUUGGAUACAUCAGAAGAGCCACACAGGAGAAAAACCAUUUAAAUGCUCUGAAUGCAGCAAGGCUUUUACCACCAAGCGACAACUUGUUUUACAUCAGAUGAUUCACACAGGAGAGAAACCAUUUAAAUGCUCUGAAUGCAGCAAGUGUUUUGCCUCCAAGCAACAACUUGUUAUACAUCAGAGGAGUCACACAGGAGAGAAACCAUUUAAAUGCUCUGAAUGCAGCAAGAGUUUUACCUCCAAGCAACAACUUGUUAUACAUCAGAGGAAUCACACAGGAGAGAAACCACUUAAAUGCUCUAAAUGUAGCAAGUGUUUUACAGAUUUGUCAAUUCUUCGUACACAUCAGAGGAGUCACACUGGAGAGAAACCACAUAACUGUUCUGAAUGUAGCAAAUGUUUUCCCUGUAAGUCAGCUCUUGUUUUACAUCAGAGGAUUCACACAGGAGAAAAAUCAUAUAAAUGUUCAGAAUGCAGUAAGUGUUUUUCACGUAAAUCACAACUUGUCAGUCAUCAUAUGAUUCACACAGGAGAGAAACCGUAUAAAUGCUCCGAAUGUAGCGAGAGUUUUACCUCCAAGCGACAACUUGUUAUACAUCAGAGGAGUCACACAGGAGAGAAUCCAUAUAAAUGCUCUGAAUGCAGCAAAUGUUUUCCCUAUUUGUAUUCUUUUGUUAGACAUCAGAGGUGUCACACAGGAGAGAAACCAUAUAAAUGUUAUGAAUGCAACAAAUGUUUUCCCUGUAAGACCAAUCUUGUUAUACACCAGAGAAUUCACACAGGGGAAAAACCAUAUAAAUGCUAUGAAUGCAGCAAGUGUUUUACCGCCAAGCGACAACUUGUUAUACAUCAGAGGAGUCACACAGGAGAGAAGCCAUAUAAAUGCUCUGAAUGUAGCAAGUGUUUUACCUCCAAGCGACAACUUGUUAUACAUCAGAAGAGUCACACAGGAGAGAAACCAUAUAAAUGCUCUGAAUGUAGCAAGUGUUUUAUUUCCAAGCAACAACUUGUUAUACAUCAGGGGCUUCACACAGGAGAGAAACCACAUAAAUGUUCUGAAUGCAGCAAAUGUUUUACCUGUAAGUCACAGCUUGUUAGUCAUCAGAAGAGUCACACAGGAGAGAAACCAUAUAACUGUUCUGAAUGCAGCAAAUGUUUUCCCUAUAAGUCACAGCUUGUUAUACAUCAGAGGAGUCACACAGGAGAGAAACCAUAUAACUGUUCUGAAUGCAGCAAAUGUUUUCCCUAUAAGUCACAGCUUGUUAUACAUCAGGGGCUUCACACAGGAGAGAAGCCACAUAAAUGUUCUGAAUGUAGCAAAUGUUUUCCCUGUAAGUCACAGCUUGUUAGACAUCAGAAGAGUCACACAGGAGAGAAGCCACAUAAAUGUUCUAAAUGUAGCAAGUGUUUUGCUUCCAAGCAACAGCUUGUUGUGCACCAGAGGAUUCACACAGGGGAAAAACCAUUUAAAUGCUAUGAAUGCAGCAAGUGUUUUAUUUCCAAGCAAUAUCUUGUUUUACAUCAGAAGAUUCACACAGGAGAGAAACCAUAUAAAUGCUCUGAAUGUAGCAAGAGUUUUACCUCCAAGCGACAACUUGUUACACAUCAGAGUAUUCACACAGGAGAGAAACCAUAUAAAUGUUUUGAAUGCAGCAAAUGUUUUCCCUGUAAGUCAUCUCUUGUUAGACAUCAGAGAAGUCACACAGGAGAGAACAUUGGAAUGUUCUGAAUGUAGCAAGUGUUUUACCCGUAAUUCAUGUCUUAAGACACAUCAGAGGAGCCACACAGGAGAAAACAAUUUAAAUGCUCUGAAUGCAGCAAGUGUCUUGGCUCCAAGCGACAAAUUGUUAAACAGCAGAGGAAUCACACAGGAGAAAGACCCUUUAAAUGCUCCAAAUGUAGCAAAUGUUUUACAGAUGUGUCAAGUGUGAAUGCAGGUAGUGUUUUACUAGCAAGAAAACACUUAUUAAUCACAUAGGAGUCAAUCUAAUCCUGAAUGCAGCAUGUUUUUAAUAAGUUAGUAACUUGUAUCACUACAAUAUGCAUUCCAGGGAGCCAAUAUACACUGCUCAAAAAAAUAAAGGGAACACUAAAAUAACACCCAUCC